AUGGCGAUGAAAGAGUUGACGCGAAAACUGGAGCAAAAUGCACCACCAGUCCGUCGGGCGCCCCGGUGCCUGGGAUGCUUUGUGGCGCCUAUGGAAACUUUGGUCGCGGACAAGGCCAUACCAUUCGAGGUCAGAGUGUGUGCAUGGUUCAAGCUGAUCAAACUUUGGGCAUCAAUGAGGUUUGACGACGCAGCCCAUUUGAAGACUUCAGAACUCCGGUUUUAUGAUGGACAGCUGAUUGGGAUGAUGCACCAAUCCAAGACAUCUGGAGCCGGAAAGAGAGUGCGGGAGCUUCCGAUCUACAUCACCAAGGAAGCGUAUGCAUUGCAUGAGGACUGGCUGUCGGUGGGUUUCGAGUUGGUGAAGCUCCAAAUGCCAAGGGAUAGGGUCUACGUGUUCCCGGAGGGGUGCUUCUAUGGGACGAGGUACGGGGCGUCGCGCGUCACGUAUGCAGAGGCCUCAGCUGGGAGUGCAAGGACCUUGGCAAUGUUGGAGGGUUACAACGGCCGCUUGAUCCCGGACGGAUGGGGGAGUGGGCUUGCAGCUCUGGGAGUGGAGAAAUCUGACAGAGACCUCCUCAAAAGAUGGUGUCCUGAGGGCUCGGACGUCUAUGUGAGGACCUAUAAUGCGAUAGUGAGAAAGAUGCAGAGAAAGAUGGUGAAGGAGCUUGAUGAAGGGGCUGUGCUGGAGGAGCUCAAGGUGUGGCUCCAUGAGAAGUGGACUGUGCCGGAUGAUUUGGCGGAGCAGGUCGUAGAGGCAUGGAAGGACAAGCUGGGUGUGAAAGGGAUGCCAAGAGCAACAGUCCAGAUCUCAGAUGAUGACACCACGAUCUAUGAGGGGUCACAAAGUGAGAAAGAGGACGAAGUGAAGAAUUUGAAAGACCCGAAGAAGAGGAAAGUGAAUGAGCCAUUGGAAGAAGAAAGGGAUGGCAACUAUGUGGUGGUGUACAGGCGUGCUGGCAGAGGCACGUUGCACAGACUAGGAGAAAAGGGCUGUUGGAUGGCAAGAAAAAGAUUCUUUGCGGGAGGGCAGUGCGCAGCAGGCGCAGGGGAAAAUCCAGUGGAGGAGAAGGCGGGGUCGCACCUCGAGCAGCAGUGCAUUUCACAUCGCAUGAGGGGGGCGGCGCGCUGGGCGGACGCCGUCAUGCCACGGGCCGUUCUCACCGAGGAUGAGGGCGGGAUCGCAAAGAAGUAUCCUACAGAGGGUUUGCUGCAGGGCUUGGCAGGCUUGGCUUUUCGGCCUUGGCACUCCGUUCGGGAGAAGCCACUUCUGGGGCCGCUUUAUGCCUGGUCGUCAGCGAUUCAGGCGAACCGGGGUGAGAUGACCAUCCCAUGGGCUGUCUUGUUCAUCCUGGGCUGGAUUGCGCGGAGGCUUGAGACAGGAGGCCGCAUGGAAGUCGUGAAGCAACCUCAAAGACCCGUCCAGGGCUGGACAGAUGCCAAAGCAACAGAACAGGCAGCCUGGACAGGUGGCUGGUUGGAGGAGAGUUCAAGCAGCAAAGAAUGCAGAUUGUUCUCCCUGAGAGUGACAGAGGUGAGCGCACCGUGGCUGUUCUACAGGCAGAGGAACCCAAAGAGGGUAAUUGCUGCGUUGGAGCUCUUGGCUGCACUGGUCGCAUUAAAGCUCUGGCUGGUUGAGGCAGGCGUGUCAGCAGAGGUUUGCGCCGAGGCCUUCACUGACAACAAGGGCAAUGCGUUCAUUCUUCGGAAGGGCCUUUCGACAAAAUACCCAGUCACGAUCUUGGUCAUUGAGGUAGCCGAGACACUCAGGAGACUGGAUGCCUUUGCGGCGCUGACAUGGGUGAGGAGAGAUGGCAAUACGUUGGCAGAUGCCCUGACCAACGAGGAUUUCAGUGCCUUUGAGAGUCAGAGAAGAGAGCAAGUGGAGGAAGACAAGUUGAAGUGGUAUGUGAUGGAUGAACUCCUCAAAGGCAGUGAGACAUUGUUCAAUGAGAUCAAAGAGCACAAGGACAAGAAGAAAGCGACAAAAGCCAUCGUGAAUCAGACCAAGAAGAAAACUAGAAAAUUCUUUGAUCGUUGGAAGGCGGCCGUCUUGAUGAAGCAACAGCAGAGCUUGGACGCCAGGCGAUGGGUGCGCGUGCGCCCCGCGAUUCUACAUCGUGCAGAAGAGUGGCUGAAUGAGCACUCAGAGGGUGGCCGCCGAUUGGCAGUGCAUCUCCGUCGCACGGACAAGUUGGAGCAAUGCAGGCCUUACUUGGAGUCGGAGGAUCACUUCUUGAACUCCUUUGUGUGCAGAUGUCGCGAGGCGAUCAAGGCCCAGACGAACGGCGCCGAGGCGCAUGAUGCCUUGGACCACUUGGCGCUUGGAUUGGCCAGUGAAGAACGACUUGCAUACGGAGCCUUUGCCCGAUUUGACAAGAAUCGGAACCAUUUCUUGCAAGGCAUCGAGAUUGAGUACAUGCUGGACUACUUGGGAUUCCCCCACCAGCAAGAAGACGUUCAAAGAUUUGUUGCGGCCGUUGACAAACUGGAAACCGAUGGAAAGAUCUCACCAGACGAAUUCUUGAAGGUCGUUGGCUCUUUCGGCGGUUGCUGCAAGCUGUUUGAGAUGCGUCGAAAACAAAUCGAAGCACGCGGUACUGAAUUGGAAGUGCCCGAAGAUGUGAAAGAGAGCGACUUGCGAUGUCAAUUGCUUUCCUGUGGCAUUUUGGACGAUGAGCUGGCAACGUGGAAGCCAGUGGUCAGUUCUGCAGACAUGAAGGCUACAGCCAGCUUGCAACCUUGCCAAAUGGAAGCACUGCAGCACGUGCGGAACUUGGCCCGGAUCAACCACGAGAAGGCGCUUCCUGAGCUCACAGAGAAGUUCCAAUCAAUGGGUUACAAUGUGCAAGAUAUGUGGAUGACUUUGGCUUGGAUCCGCGAGCUGGCACCAAUCAUCAUCCACAUCAACCUGCCGGCUAUCGGAGAUUUUUUGGCGAGGGACAGCCACUACAGGAAUCAGUUUGAGACCCAGAACUCGGGUGGCCUGCUGGACUUGAAUGUUCGCAACAGUUGGGAAGGAUCCUUGUUCGGGCGUGCUUACGAGGUUGGGGUCUGUCGACGACUUUUGUUCUAA